CCGAUACCGCGACAGAAGGCGAAACCGACCAAAGAGACGGAUGAGGCUGCUGGCUCUUCAGGGCGCCUCACCCCCUCGGGUGCUGCUCAUGUGGCCAAGAGCAAGAAAAGCACGGCUGGGGCUACUGCCACGAAGCGAGCCGUUCCUACGGCGGUUGGAGCCGCUCGAUCACGCUCUACGUCUGAAAUGCCCGUGGAACCUGCCCCGGCCCCCAAGCCCAAACCUCAGCCGGAGGAAGAUGAGGAGCUUGAGACGGAAGAGGGGGACGAUAAGCUUUACUGCAUCUGCAAAACGAGCUACGACGAGGACCGUGUUAUGAUUGCUUGCGAUAGAUGCGACGAGUGGUAUCACACCCAAUGUCUAGGCAUCAAUGACUUGGAGGUUGACCUCAUCGACCAAUUCGUUUGUCCGCCUUGCAUUGAAGCGAACCCCGAUGUCAACCUAAAAACCACCUACAAGCAGCGCUGCAUGGCUGGUCUCAAGCACCCACACCCCUCCUCCUCUUCCGCAUGCCACAAGCCGUCCCGUGGGGCCUUCUCCAAGUUCUGCUCUGACGAAUGCGGAAUCGCUCACAUGCAGCAGCGGAUCGAAGGGUGGGGUGGCGACCAAGCCGUCCUCUGGGCCAGCGUCCGGGACACGAAGCAACGUGAGGGCGUCGUGGUGAAGGUGCACGUCGUUAGCGGUCCGAACGGCGUCGUCAAGGACGAGCGGCGCCCCGGCGGCACCCCCGUCAACAACCUCGUCCAGGAGACCCUCGAAGUCCAGCGGCCGCGCAAAACGCAGCGGGACCGGCUCAUUGCCCGACUGCAGGUCGAGUUGGAUAAGAUCGGGCCCAAGCGCGAGAAGCUCAAGGAGGAGCUCGAGAUCGUCUUCUGGCGGCAGAAGCUCCUCACUCUCGCCGGCGAGCGGUCCGAUAUGGUCGACGAGUGCGGGUGGGACCAGCGGCUUUGCUUCGACGACGACGAGUAUAUGGAGUUUGGCGCGGGUGUGCUGGAGAGCUAUGAGGAGGGUCACGCGCCGCAGCCCGUCAGUAAUGGGGACCUCGAGGAUCCGAUGCAGGUGGAUGGUCAGGCGGUAGAGGACGGGGAGUGGUGGUGUAGGGGCGAAAAGGUGUGCCCUCGGCACAGCGGGUGGCGCAAACUUCGCGCCAGUGAAUUCGACUUCGACCAGGAGCUGAAGGAGAAGACGAUGGGGGCGCUGACGACACAGGAGCGCGAGAUCCGGAAGCAACUUGAAGACGCGAUGAGCGCGCCCGAGCGGCCGCUAAUGCUCCCCAUGCUCGCUUCUACGGCGCCCAACGGACAUGCGCUCACAAAUGGAUCAAAACCGAAAGCAAACGGAGUGUCGGGGAAGAAGGGGAAGCAGAAGAAGUGA